CAUUAUAAAUUGAAGCUGAUGAGUGGCUUCAUCUCCAAUUCAAGCUUAUGAACACUAGGAAUUAAUUUGGUGUAGAGUUUAUAUAAUCUACCUCCCAUGGACAUAUCAAUUUCACAACACGAUGAUGAAAAUGAUAUGCUCACAAGACUUCCCAAAGAAAAAGGCUGGAGAACUGAGCAUCUUUACCAAUAUAAGUCCUUUUGUUUCACUUUGGGAGCUCUUAAGGGAGUUAAGAGUACGCAACAAUGCUUCAAAACUGAACCCACAGAUAUUUUUCUAGCUACUUCACCAAAAUCAGGAACAACAUGGUUCAAGGCCCUAACUUUUGCCAUCAUGAAUCGUGAUCGAUUCGAUUUCUCCUCUCACCCUUUACUUACCAAUGCCCCCCAUGAUAACCUUCCUUACUUGGAAGCCAUCAUACGAGAUGAAGCUUCCUACAAUGAUUAUCGAAUUUCAUCUUCUCCGCAUUGCCUUUUUGCAACACACAUUCCUUAUUCUUUGUUACCAAUAUCUGUCAUGUCUUUUGGUUGCAAGAUUGUGUACGUCUUUCGCGAGGCUAAGGAUGUUUUCAUCUCAAAUUGGCAUUAUAUGAAAAAAUUAAGACCAAAAGAUCUGCCUUCUUUUCCAAUGGAAGAGGCGUUUGAUCUGUUUUGCAAAGGGGUAUCACAUUAUGGUCCCUUUUGGGAUCAUGUAUUGGGUUAUUGGAAUGCAAGCUUGGAAAAUCCAGACAAGGUACUUUUUUUGAAUUACGAAGACAUGAAGAAAGACCCUGUUGUCUGUGUUACCAAAUUGGCUAAGUUCUUGGAUAAGCCAUUUUGCUUAGAAGAAGAGAGAGAAGAGGUCGUGCAGAAGAUUGUAAGGCUUUGUAGCUUUGAGAAUUUGAGCAGUUUGGAAGUGAAUAAGACCGGAGUGCAAAAAUUCGGUUCACACUAUGCUGUUGAGAACCGGCAUUUCUUGAGGAAAGGUGAAGUUGGAGAUUGGAGAAAUCAUCUAACUGUAGAAAUGGCUCAACAGUUGGAUGAAAUCAUAAAACAGAAACUUGGUGGGACUGGUUUGAAUUGUUAGUCCAACAAUAUCAAAAAUUCGUUGUGCUUUGUUCCAUAGUUGUAAGAGAUAAACAAAUAAUUGUGUACUUGUUUCACCAAUCAGUCGUAAGCUAUUUUUGUUUGCAAAUGUAAUUGUUCUGCAGUUGUUACCAGUAUCUGUAAUAAUACUAGCUUUUAGUUGGGGUGCUUAGUUGGUCGUUUGUG